AUGAGCACAGCAAGCCUGGUACUCCCGGGGCUCGCGCUGGGGUUUAUGACCACUACUGCUAAGCUGGAGGAGGGCAGCUGUUGUUCUAAGAACCAAGUGGCUUUCAGAGAUUCUUGCUAUAAAUUUGUGCCUCUUGGCUGCUCCUUCUACAGCGCCCAGAACUGGUGUGAGGCGUGAGGAGGCCAUUUGUUCUUUAUUCGUGAUGAAGGCACCCAGCAGUUUCUAUGGAAGCACAUCUCCCAAGACAAGGAAUGGUGGAUUGGACUCAUAGAGAACUCAGCUCAGAAUGGACCCACAGACAGCACUUGCCCAUCCGUGACCAUCAGCCCUCCUAAGGUGUCAUCUUACCUUUGCACAGGUGUCGGCCAGAGUCUGGCCUAUAAGGGCCUCAGUGCCACCAUAAACUGUGGCUCGGGGGAGGUCAUCCAGAUCCAGGAUAAGUUCUGUGGGCACCAGACUCCCCAUGAUUGCACCCAGGACACUGGACACCCCUCGGACCUGGAGGAAGAAUGCAGCUGGGUCAGCGUCAAGAAUGAAGUGGCAGGCCAAGUCCAGGGGCUUUAGGCAUGCCAGGUGGCAGCAAAUGGGACCUUCUUUGGAGACCUGUGCCCCAUCUGGGGCAGCUACCUAUGGGUGCAAUACCAGUGUUGGGAAGGCCUGCAGCUGACGGUCUCCAAUGAUUUCAUCUUUGACAAUGUCACCAUUUCCCUGACGUGGCUCCUCUUUCCCUAUGUCGGAAACUUGUCCUGUAUAAUUGGUAUGGGAGAUGGCCACACUUUUGAUCCUUACUACCCCCCACCCCCAGGUAAGAGGAAUCUCUGAGCCUUGAGUCAGGAUGUGUCAGUGAACGUGAUCCACCAGUUCACGACCCCUGGGGAAUUCACUGUGUUUGCCCAGUGCACAACCAGCACGCGGCAUGUGACAGCUCAGAAGCAAGUGACGACACGAGACAAGAUGGAGAGGCUCAGUGUGGCUGGGUGCUCCGGCCUGCUCAAGUGAGGAGGCAGCCCUCUCUGCUGGGCUCUCUUCCGGGACCCUGUGUGGAUUCAGGUGGCGCUCGAUGGAGGACCAGGGGUGACUUACACUGAGCUGUCGGUUAACACCCACCUGGCUGAGUGAGCCAUGCAGAGGGCCCUCCCCGACAACCUGACCCUGGACAGAGCAGCCCAGCAACGGAUGGGCUCAGGGAUGCACCACCCGGAGAUCCAAGAUACAAGCAACACCACCACCUCCGCACUCUCCACAAGCACCACAGUCCACUUCAUGGAGCCUCUGUCAGGGCUUCAGGCUUCCUGGGCUUCUGACUACUUGGAGCUUGGACAGGACUUACUGGUCAACGUCUCGGUGACUCAUGGCAUCCUAGAGGAACUGACCUUUGAAGUAGCAGGACGCAAUGCAUCCUUCUCCCAUGAACAAGAGAGCCCCGGGCGGCCAUCUGGGAUUUACUAUGUAGCACUUCCUUUUGAAGGCUUCAGGCUGACCCGGAGCCCCUUCCCUGCAGAUGGGCCAUCCACGUGGAUCCUGCAUUUUGGAGAAGGUGUCUACUAUCUGACUGUGAUCCCCCAGUUGGACCUGGAUCCAACCCCCGGCAGGGACCUCACAGUUGGCAUCACCACCUUCCUGUCCCACUGUGUGUUCUGGGAUGAGGGCCAGGGGACUAAGGAUACCUCCGGGUGCCAGGAUACUAAAGAGGCAACUACUGUUUGGAGGGGAUGUACAGAUUCAUUUCCGAUGUUCAAAGAAGCCCUCAUGCUGGAAAAGGUUGAGAAAGACACUGCCCUCCAGAUCUUUGUGAAAACCCAGGACGACAAAGAUCUUAGGCAUAAAUCAAGUGGGGCCAUGGACCGCCCCCUCCCAGACCACCUCACCUUCUUUGGAAGCACAUUCCUGGUGACCCAAGCCAUCAAUGUCCACCAGACCGGUGAGCUCUUUGCCACUUUCGAAGACAACCCAGUUGUCGUGACCAGCGUGGGCUGCCUCUGUGUGACCUACGUGCUGGUGGUGAUCUGGGCAGGAGAAAGGACGCUCAGGAUUGGGCCCCAGGAAUGGGAGGGCGGGGAAGGGGUGUCCCACUGCAGAAGGUCCAGAGGAUGGGGCCCAGCUGGGGAGCCGAGAGACUCUGAGAUGGAGUUGAGUAUGCAGGGUGUUUAUCAAGUAGUACCUGGGAUCAGCCCGUGGGAAGGGAGGGAAGAGGCAGCAGGAGCCGAGGGAGGCGUUGAGCUGGAACGCAGCCCACCGACAGCCCAGCAGCUGAUCCACGGGCAGCGCGAGUGCUCCAGAACUGAGUUGAGAUGCCCAGGUCUCGAUCACGCCCAGAUGAACCCACCAAGCAGGGCCUUCCUAACUUGGUCCCUCUGUCCGGGUAAAGGUCACAUGCUGGAGGACACCGAUCCCUUUGCCCAGUGCCACUACCUUGUGACAGUCUACACUGGACAUUGGAGAGGGGCAGCUACUUCCUCGAAGGUGACUAUCACCCUAUAUGGCCUGGAUGGAGAGAGUGAGCCCCACCACCUGUCAGACCCUGACAUCCUGGUUUUUGAGUGAGGGGGAGUGCAUGUCUACUUACUCUCCACCCUGUUCCCCCUGGGGGAACUCAGGAGCCUGCGGCUAUGGCAUGACAACUCAGGGGCCCGGCCAUCCUGGUGAUACAUGAGCCGGGUGCUGGUGCAUGACCUGGUGAUGGACAGGAAGUGGUAUUUCCUCUGCAACUCAUGGCUGUACAUCGACGUUGGAGACUGUGUCCUUGACAGAGUAUUUGCGGUGGCCACAGAGCAGGACAGGAAACAAUUCAGCCACCUGUUUUUCAUGAAGACCUCCAUGGGCUUCCAGGACGGACACAUUUGGUAUUCCAUCUUCAGCUGCUCAGCUCGGAGCAACUUCACCCGUGUCCAGAGGGGGUCCUGCUGCUUCCUGCUCCUUUGCACCAUGCUGAGCAGCAUCAUGUUCUGGGGUCCAACUGAGCAAAAAAUGGACGUGGGUAAAACUGAAUUCACUUGGCAAGAAGUGAUGAUUGGGCUGGAGGGCACUGCCCACAGUCCACUCCCGGACCGCCAUGACUGUGGGAAUUAUCCACGUCCAUUUUUUGUUCAGUUGGACACCCCAGAACAUGAUGCUGCUCAGCAUGGUGCAAAGGAGCAGGAGAAGCAGCAGGACCCCCUCUGGACACAGGUGAAGUUGCUCCGAGCUGAGCAGCUGAAGAUGGAAUACCAAAUGUGUCCGUCCUGGAAGCCCAUGGAGCUUGCAUCUCCUUACCCUACGUGGGCCAAUUUGCAGGAUAUGUGGAGACUCGUCAGUUCCCUGGUUGAAGCUCUGAAGGUGCCAUCCCCUGCCUUGGGCUGGGACUCAGCAAACCUGAUGGACAUCAACCAACUGCUGGCCUUGGUGGAAGACGUCAUCUGUCUGCAGAAUAUGGCAGGGCAGAUGUCCUGGGAGGAAGCCAAAGAGAGAGCGGAACCUUUAACACUCACUCUUGGGUCUGUAGAAGUGAAAGGAAACAUGCAGUGUCUGACACCUGAGGUGGGCCUGAGUGCCCCUUGGAAGGACAGUGUCUACAGGCAGUGUCUUUACCUUCAGCUGGAGCAUGUGGAGCAAGAGCUGCGGCUGGUAGGGCCCAGAGGGUUCCCCCAGGGUCAGAGCUAUGUCUGCACCCUCAGGCAGCUGCAGAUACUGAAGUGCUGACUCCGGGGACAACUGGGCACCCCAACUCCACGUCACUCUGCUUAUAUCCACUUUGCACUGCAGCUCCCUGAGAGCAAGACCCCUUGCGGCCUGCCCUGGUGGUGUGUCCUGGUGGGCUGGCUGCUGGUGGCAGCCACCGGCGGCGUGACAGCCUUCUCCACCGUGCUGUACGGCCUGCACUAGGGGCGGGCCAGCUCUCUCAAGUGGCUCAUCUCCGUGGCGCUCUCCUUCGUGGACAGCGUGUUCGUCACCCAGCGCCUGAAGGUGCUGGGGUUUGCUGCCUUCUUUGCACUGGUCUUGAAGAGAGCAGAAGAUGAGGAGGAGCCUAUGGCACCUCUCCCGGGACAUCUGUCCAGCACAGACCCCUCUGUCUUGUUCCAAGUAUGAAGAAACAGCAGAAAAGAUGUCUACCAGCCAUCUCUGGCUGCUGACAUUGAGAAGAUGUAAACCAUCCACCUCAAGGAACAGAAAGUGUUUGUCCUAAUUAGAGAAACGGUGGCGCACCUGGGCUUCCUGUGGACGCUGCUGCUGGUGGCCUAUGGGCACCGGGACCCCAGCGCCUACCACUUCACCAGACACCUCCAGCACAGCGUCAUCCAAGGCCUUUCAGCCAUCCUGAGUUUCCAGGAGUCCCUCAUGUGGGCCCGCACCACCCUCAUGAGCAACCUGUACAGUCAUUCCCCAGGCUUCUUCACUGAUGGGAACUCCAAACUGGUUGGCAGUGCCCAGAUUCGCCAAGUGAGAGUCCGGGAAAUCUACUGCACUUUUGCCCCACAGCUGCAGACGUCUCUUGACGGCUCCUAUGCACCAUCUUCCCUGGAUGAUGAAGAUGUGUCAGGCUAUGGGGAAGGCUGGAAUGCCUCCAACCUCAAUAGCGGCCAUGGCUUCACCCAGGCGUGGCAGUACCAGAGCCAGAGCCAGCGCCGAGGGUAUCCCAUCUGGGCAACUGCAUACCAGGGAGGAGGUUACGUGCUUCCCUGGGAGACUGAUCACCAAAGUGCAUCAAGUAUCUCUGACGACACCUGGCUGGACAGCCUAACCAGAGCCGUGUUUGUGGAGUUCACUGUCUACAACGCCAGUGUCAACCUGUUCUGUAUCAUCGCUCUGACCCUGGAGACCAGCGCCCUGAGAAACUUCUUUGCACACGCAGACUUGCAGAGCCUGUGUCUGUAUCCCUGCACCUAUGGCUGGUACCCCUUUGUGGUGGCUGCAGAGGUCCUCUACCUCCUGUUCCUUCUCUACUACAUGAUCGUGCAGGGUAAGCUCCUGAGGAAGCAAAAGUGGUGCUAUUUUCACAGCAAGUAGAACCUUCUGGAGCUGGCCAUCAUGCUGGCUAGCUAGAGUGCCGUGGUGGUGUUUGUGAAGAGGACCAGGCUGGCAGAGCACAACAUCCAAUAUCUGUCAGAGGAAGGAGAGAUCGUCGAUUUGCUGCUGAUGAAAAUACUCAGUUUCUUGGGCAUUAACUGUAAAAGACAGGGGCCUGGAAGCAGCGGGGAGCAGCCUGAGUCAGAGGCCUGGCCCCCUCAACCUGCCCUAGCUGUGCCCCAGGUUUAA